AUGAAUCGGGCAAUCCUAGAAGGACUCAAGAAGAGGGUCUCGAGCGCGCUUGGGUCCAGGGUGGACAAACUCUCUAGUGUCCUGUGGGUGCUACGAACGACCCCCAAGUCCGCCUCGGGGGAAUCCCCGCUCAGCCUGGCGUUCGGAACCGAAGCAGUCCUUCCACCCGAGGUGGUAUUCCUGACCUUGUGCACCGCCACCUUCGAGCAAAACAACUUCGAGGAGGGCCUCAGGGCUAACCUAAACCUCCUUGAAGAGAAAAGGGCCGAGGCGCACCUACGCACCCUGGUCUACAAGAAAGCUACAACCCGACUUUACAACCGUAAGGUUCGCCCUUGA